AGUCCCAUUCACGCAUGCGCAGUAAGUAAUGGCUGUCACAUGACCGGACAUGCGCACACUUGUCAUUUGUCUGAAGGAAUUUUGGAAAGUUGAUCAAGGCAGAUUACACUCUUAAACUUGGACUUUAAAGGGAGCUCCUAUUUGACUCUACUGCAACCCCAGAGUAUAGAGCUUGGUGCCAAAGGCAAACCACCCAAUUUCGACAGCAGCAAGAUGGCCGACAUGUCGGUGGAAGAUAUCACAAUGAGAGCAAACCAAGUGACCGAUGAGUCUCUUGAGAGCACUAGACGGAUGCUGCAACUGGCAGAGGAGAGCAGGGAGACGGGAGUUAAAACCAUUGAGAUGUUGGAUCAGCAGGGAGAACAACUUCGGCGUGUGGAGCAUGGCAUGGACCAGAUCAAUCAGGACAUGAAACAGGCUGAGAAGAACCUGACCGACCUGUCAAAGUGCUGUGGCCUGUGUGUCUGUCCCUGUGAUAGAGUGAGGUCUAUUGAGAGUGAUGGGCGGUACAAGCGCACUUGGGGCAGUGGAAGCGAAACUGCCAGCACAGAGGGAGGUGAUAGAGGCGUGGUUUCCAGCCAACCAUCCAGCCUCGGCAACGGCCAGGCAACAACAGCUUCCGGUCCCUAUAUAAAGAGAGUAACGAAUGAUGCUCGUGAAGAUGAGAUGGAGGAGAACCUAGGUCAGGUGGGCAGCAUCAUUGGGAAUUUGAAGACCAUGGCUCUGGACAUGGGCAAUGAGAUCGACAAACAGAACAAGACCAUUGACCGCAUUACUGAUAAGGCUGACAUGAAUAAAGCUCGUAUUGAUGAAGCCAACAAGAGGGCUAACAAGCUCCUGUAGAGAAGCGACUCUCUCUUUCUCCCUCUCCUGCUCUCUACCAUGUCUACGCAUUCAAGCACCUAUUCAUCUGAAGGGCAAAGAAUUUCAGCUUUGUGUUCUUCCAGUGCCACCUGUGCCUUUGUGUCAUUGUUUAGAUGCUAUUUUGUAAAUAGAACUGUACACACACUGCCUCAAUCAGGUCUUCAUCACUAGAUGCAAGAUAGAUGCUGGACACACAGCGUGUAAUUAUGCAAUAUGCUCUGGUGAGUGCUGUCCUGACUUUCUGUAAUAUUCUCUGAGGGUUACUGUUUUAAUGCCCUCUCCUUGCCUGCGUCAGCAUGGCUGAUUUAUAAUUUUUUUGUCCAUAAAGGGACCAGAGACCUGCGUCUAAUGUUUCCACAUGUCUGUGUGCAUUUUCUUCUUGUAGGCUGUAAUCGUGAGUUUAUAUUAACCCACUCUUAUUAGGGUUACUAUAUAAUUGUUUACUUGUUGUUUCCAUCUGUCUGUCCUUAAGUGUAUCCAUAUUUAAUUAUAAAAUGGCAAUGAACCUGUGAAUUAACUUGUUAAAGAAUUAAUGAAAUUAUGUGUAAUGGAGUUAUCUCCCACUGGCCCACCCUUUUUUUUUGGUUAAAAAUGAAGAGUGUUAAAAAGUGUGCACACACCAUAUAGGCAUACAUGAAGGAAAAUGUAUGGUUAUUUUCACCAUAAAAUUAAUAGAUCUGCUAGGCAGGAUUAUUGCAGUUAAAUAUCUAUUUUAAUUUUAAUAAAGCAAAUACAGUGCCUUUACAAUGAUUUGAUUCAUCCUUGUUUCAAACUCGUGUUGGAUUUUUAUUUUUUUUUAACCAGCAGGUGGCAAUGUUAGUCCUGUCUGGAAUUGUCUCAUUUUGAAUUUUGAAAUUACAGACUGAAGAGGUGGGAUCCUUGGAACAAUUUUAAGCUAUGGAGUUUUUCAGCUUUAGGCUAUGGCAUUUUUUUUUUUCUUUUUUCUUUUGAAUCUACUUUUUCAAUCACAUUUACACUAGGACAUAAUCUGUUGAAUUUCAUAGAAUUAAAAGGAAAUUAUGGCAAUGUUACACUGAUGAGUAUAUUUAGAAAUUUUUACUCCUCUAAUUCACACAUCAUUGUUAUCUAUAUGAUUGUACUUUGUAGAUAGUUUAGAACUGAAAUGAUCUGUUACACUGGUUCUACAAAACUCUUCUGUCACUUUCUCAAAUAAAAUUACAGCGCAUUUGUUGAAAAA